AAGCCUAAUGUUUGGCAACAGCUGCAACUUGACCUUCCGUCUCCGUGCUAUAUCUUGCUUACGAAGAACUCUACCACCACAACUUCAACGAUUUGUCUAGACAAAAGUCUUCUCUGCUUUAUUUUCAUCUGGUUUAUUCAGCCGAUUGCUGUGCACCUUCUUGUUCUUGCGAGAGGACUGGAAAGUAAACAUGGCGCGUUGUAAAAAUAAAAAUAUCUUCGGGGCGGCCCGUUCUUCCGCUAGUUCCGGCGUUUUGCCCUUGCUGCUGCUUGUGCCCUUUAUCUACUUGCAACACCUGUUUCUGCCCGCUGUUCAGGCUGGCCAGCCGCGACAGGGAAGAGAUCCUUCUUCGGGUCAGCACAGAGGAUCAAGUCGCGCGCGGGAAGGAAUGGAAAUGGUGCGUCUACCUCCAACAUCAGCCUCAGCGCAGCCCCUGCGAGCAGGCCUCGCUGGGUGGGUGACCACCCGGCCCGAUCGCCGGCACGCGAGGGAAACUCAGCGCAAAAAGCGCGAACUCGCCGAACUUGCCGAACAUGGGGGGAUUCCUUGGGGGGCGAUCCAGUCUUAUGUGAGCAAUGAAGACCCAGGUCACUACUUGCGGAGCCUAUUCCGGCUGUUGUUUUCCGGCAAGACGCAGGGGCCCCCGGUCACCGAGAUGCGGUGCGACCCCCGCAUGGGUCAACGUGCCGAAGUCCGCGACCUGGUAGAAGCGGCACCCGCAGCGCCAGUAUUCACGAGGGUUGAGGAGGCCGCGAUCUGGUGGAAGCUUUUUUUCCACCCGUGGCGCGAUCAUCCACCCCUUGCUGCAGUGAGCACGGCCUUUCGCGAAGCUACGACAGUAGUGGAAAGGAGCCCGGCGGACCGGAGUUACGCUGCCUUGGCGUCGUUCUUGAUGGGUGAGCUCUUUCCCCCCUUGCUGCACGACGCUGACACGCUAGUAUUUGAUGCGUUACCGUAUGGAGCCGGCAGUUGGGUACAUCAUCAUCAUCAUGUCGACGCUGAAACGCGUGCCCUCGUUGCUGCAUUUGUCGACGCUUUGGUCAGCGCGCUGGAGCGGCCCGGGGCAAAAAGCUACGGGCCGAACGGGGACCUCGAUUUCGAGGUGGAUCGUCGAGGUUCCUCGGAAACAUUGACGCUUACGUACGGACCGUCGGCAACUUGCAGCGGCACGCACACACGCACAUACGACGAGAGACGCGGUCCGUGCACGUUUUUCGAAGCCAGAGUGAACUCGCCCCCAGGGAGCAGGUUAGUGAUUAUAAGCGCCACAGAUGUCGACAGGACACAAGGAGAAGCGCUCUUUCGCCAAAUUAACACCCGCGCCAACCACUCUGAGUACACGGAGCAGGUCUCGGUCUCGUUCGAUUUCUGUGGCAAAUUACCAUCAGAAUGGUGCCUGCUGAUGGAGUGGGGGUGGGUGGCACAUGCUCAUCUAGGGGUUACGAAAAAAUAUUCUACGAAUCCCGGGAUCGACGGCCUGAAGUACAAUCUGGAGCUCCGUUUUUCAGUAAAAAUCGGCUCUUGAACCCGUACUACUAAGUUGUACUAGGGAACGAAGAGAAACAUAUGUAUAUUUAUAUGAUAGUGGACGAGGAC